UUUAAUAUUAACACAAAGUUGCGGAGUGAACCGGUGCGUCUGGAUUCCUCUGUCAGGUGAUCUCAUGUUUUUAAGACAUCAGAGCUUCUCGGAGCUUUCAGAGAUCGAACAUCCAACUCAGAGCUUUCUAAUCAUCAAACACAAAAGGCGCCACCAUGACUUCUAAAAUGGUUGUUCAGCAACCUCAGCCUAUAAUGUAUACCCAAGAGUCUGAUGAGUGGUCAAGUGGGAUCUGUGACUGCUGUCAAGAUGUGCCAGGGUGCUGUUGUGCUUUUUGGUGCUUGCCCUGCUUUACCUGCAUAACUUCCAGAGAUUAUGGUGAGCCGCUCUGUCUCCCCCUGCUGGAGAUUUUCAGUGGUUGGAUCCCGGCAGUCACCAUGUCCAUGAGGGUCAACAUGCGACAGCGCUAUCGCAUCAGGGGCACCAUGUGUCGGGAUUGCGUGAUUUCGACUUUCUGUUGCGCCUGCAGCUGGUGUCAGAUGUCCAGAGAAAUGAAGAGAAGGAAUGUUUCAGUUGUUAUGGUCGGUGCCAAAAACACAUAACCUCUUCGCUCUUCAUCAUCACCACCUGGGCUGCCGGUUAUUUAAUACACCACCAUCUGCGUGGGGUGUCAGUAACGUUUUGCACCGAUGACUCCUUUGAGGAGGAGGAGUGCUCACGUCACUGACAGAAAUGUGUCUGUAAAUAUGACUUUGUUAAAGGGAGACGGGAUCAUGGCUUGCUGACUAAAACAUUACAGAAAUCUCUUAAUAAAUGUUAAAAAUAUAUAAUGACCUUUGUCUUGUAUUUUAAUCGUAAUUUUUCUUUGUGAGUUUGCUUACAUACACAACACUAAUGGUUGCAUUUAACACGUCACAAUCUACGUUCACAAUAAGCACUGGGAUUCAGUAAAUAAAAAAAUUUGUAUAAAAAACUGAAGAAUGUAUUUUUCUUAUCCUGCUUGCAAUUAAAUAAACAAAUAGCACAGAAAUAAAAAGAGAGCAUGGAGGUUUUA